AUGCCUUACAGCCAUGGUAAGAAGCUUAAACCGUCUUUGAAACUCGCAAAAACAAUCUCCACUUCUUCUUUUGUUUCCUCAACAACCUCUAAUUCAUUUUCACCACUAGAAGACUCUACAUCUGCAUCUUCGUCGACAUCAUCUUCAUCAUCAGGGAAAUCGGUAAGGUUUGCUGCACAUUUAUACACAGUCAAAAAGUUCAACACAAAAUUGGCGCCUAUCUCGAUAUCAGAAAAAGCCGCUUCAAAUCUUACAAGAAAUUUGCAUAACAAUGCCAUUCCACUAACGUUCCCCUUCAUUGGAGGUGAAGAUCAUCGUUAUAGUUUAGACAUUUUAGAUUACAGUGAUUUAGAAUAUGACAAUAAGGAUGUUGAGUAUGACAACGAGAGUGACGUAGAGGAUAAUGCAAUGCUUAUGCAUGAUCGUAGCAUGUUCAUUGAAAAGGAGAUUCUCUGCUUUGGUGAAGAGGAGACAUUCGAUAUGGCAGAUUGGAAACUGGUCAGUAAUAAUUUGAAUCCAUUCAAAAGUGACUAUAAAGUGGACGUUACUGGGUUGGAAGACAAGAUUUUCAAAUACUUAAAUGGACAAAAUAUAAAGGUUCAUUCAUUAGAACUAUCUGAUCCUGUAAGCUACGAGGAUAUUUGUAGCAAUAAUUUUGGUAACUGUCAAAUCUGGGGCCUUAUAUUUGUCAAUAAUUUGAACUUCGAGAAAAAAAUAGAGAUAAAAUUUACUUUAAAUAACUGGGCAGAUAUUCACUAUAUUAAUGCACACUACAACAAGUCUGUCACCCCUCAUGUUGACGAAUUCAAAUUUAUUAUUGAUAUAUCUGCGUUGAAGUUAAAUCUAAUAUCAAAAAACUUGAUUUACACUAACUUUUUUGAAAGGAAAACUACUUGUCUCCUGAAUUUGCAGUUCUGUUGUCGUUAUGAUGUAAAUGGUUUCGAAUAUAGAUCAUUUUACGAUAAUAAUGACUAUAAAAACUAUGAAAUAACGAUCUCUUUGUCAGCAAUAAAUCUAAAUCGUGCGGUUUCGAAUUCAUCGAUAUUUAAUUCCAAUCUUGGGCCUUCCAAAAUGGGGGCUAGCAAUGCAGAGGUUACUAUGUCGAAAAAUAAUGAAAAUUCUAAAAAGCCUCUCAGAAAAUUCAUUAAAGAUACAGAUUACUACAACGACUCCCCGUUAAAGCACAAAUUUUAUCAAUCGUUUGAAACAAAAGCGGCUUGUAAAACCGAACCUGUAUCCCAAACUUUCAAAGCUGAAACAAUUGAUUGUGAAAUUGAACCAUUUAAUUAUUUCUUUGAACCGCCUGAUUCCCAAACUAAUGAGGACAUGUCCGAUAGCUCAUAUGACUUAUCGCUACAAGAUUUUAACUAUUGGGAAUUUAGUAACCACGGACUAGGGAAAGCACUGGCUGACUCAGAUAUCUUACAAUUUAAAAAUUAUCCAAAACCAGAGCCUUUUAGCAGGCCUCCCAUAAUAGAUGACACAUUCACAUUAAAUACCGAUGAUAGGACCUUAGGUUCAAAAACACAAAAGCUUGAAGAUAAUUUGGCCAAAGAGUGGAAAAGCGCUAAGACAAGGACCACGUUAAACGAGACGCCAUUACACGAUGAUGAGCAUAGAACUUCCUUCACCUACACCACUUGGAAUAAUUCUACCGAUACAUUGAUGAAAAGAAAAGAGGAGCGACCAGUAGAAUCAGCCUCUUGUUCUCAGUUAUCCAUUGCAACCAUAAAGGCGGAAGAAGAUUUACUAUACCAAGAUUAUAUCAACAGCGGGAGGGAAAGCUCAUCUCCGGAAAUUUCUCCCUUGAAUACCACAACCUCAUUACCAUUUUUUCCAGGUGAUAAUAUGAGUGACAGCUCAGGAGAAUAUGAGGAGAGAACCUCUCUUAGCCCUAAUAAAAUUCACAUUUUUCGUGAUUAUUUUUAUAAGUCGCCGUCACCCUAA